UAACCAGGAGCCAGCAGCAACUCCUGAUGCAAUGGUGCAGCCAUUCACCACAAUCCCAUUUCCGCCACCCCCACAGAACGGGAUUCCCACGGAGUACGGGGUGCCACACACUCAGGACUAUGCAGGCCAGACCAGCGAGCACAAUCUGACGCUCUAUGGAAGCACGCAGCCGCACGGAGAGCAGAGCACGAACACGGCCAGCACGCAGAACGGAUCUCUUGCACAGACAGAAGGAGGGGCACAGACAGAUGGACAGCAAUCACAGACACAGAGCAGUGAGAACACCGAGAGCAAAUCCACUCCAAAACGACUUCAUGUGUCUAACAUUCCCUUCCGCUUUCGAGAUCCUGACCUUCGGCAGAUGUUUGGGCAAUUCGGCAAAAUCCUUGAUGUAGAGAUAAUCUUUAAUGAGCGUGGCUCGAAGGGAUUCGGGUUCGUAACUUUCGAGAAUAGUGCUGAUGCAGACAGGGCCAGGGAGAAAUUACACGGCACCGUGGUAGAGGGCCGUAAAAUCGAGGUUAACAACGCCACAGCACGAGUGAUGACCAAUAAGAAGAUGGUCACACCUUACGCAAAUGGUUGGAAGUUGAGUCCUGUGGUUGGAGCGGUGUACGGCCCUGAGUUAUAUGCAGCGUCCAGCUUUCAAGCAGAUGUCUCGCUGGGCAAUGACGCCGCAGUGCCCCUGUCAGGAAGGGGGGGUAUUAACACUUACAUUCCUUUAAUCAUUCCAGGCUUCCCCUAUCCAACCGCAGCUACCACAGCAGCCGCGUUUCGGGGAGCCCAUCUGAGGGGCCGAGGAAGGACAGUGUAUGGGGCAGUCCGGGCGGUACCUCCCACAGCCAUCCCUGCCUAUCCAGGUGUGGUUUACCAGGACGGAUUUUACGGUGCUGACCUCUAUGGUGGAUACGCAGCCUACAGAUAUGCACAGCCUGCUACUGCAACAGCAGCCACGGCCGCUGCAGCCGCUGCAGCAGCUUACAGCGAUGGUUAUGGCAGGGUGUACACAGCAGAUCCUUACCAUGCCCUUGCCCCUGCCGCUAGCUACGGAGUUGGCGCUGUGGCGAGUUUAUACCGAGGUGGCUACAGCCGAUUUGCCCCCUACUGAAGUGACGUGAGCCCCCUGCAAGUGGGACAGCCCCCCCAGUUCAUGAGGCCUGGCUAUUGCAAUAUUUACUAGUAGAGGAACUCUAUAGCAAGACGAGGAGGAAAAACAAAAAACAAAAGAGAAAAUACUUUUUUAUACCUCACUAUGUUCUUUGAAUAUGUAUUUUUUUUCCUUUAAAUUUCUGCCUUUAAUUCUUUUGUUCC